CUUCUGUGUGCAGAAUCUCUUACAUAGUUCUUGUGACCAGCACAUACAAUGGAGAUGAACGAUUUACAUAAUAAAAUGAAAUGCCUCAAUUGAGUCAAUUGAGUUAAAUCAAUCCUUUAAAUAUUGAAAAUUUAACUCACUGUUAGCCCAACAUUACUAUUAACUAUUCUUUUUGAGAUUCUCAAUUCCGAAUUAUAAUUCUGAGGAAAAAGUGGGGGACCUAUUAGCAGUCAAAUUUCACCUUUACCAAUAGUGAGAAAUAAUUGACGAAACGAUUACAGUACUAUAAACAAUAUUAAGACAAUUAUAAACCAUUUAUAUUUUUUAUAACUCAUCAUGAAAGUUACUAAUAGAGUGUUUUAUGUCAUUGGAUUAUUCCUUGCAACUCAAUUGUCAUGGACUAUGGCACUUACUCAUCGGAAGUUGGAAUUAUCAUCCCGUAAUAAUGCUGCAUGUAUUUUAAUCAAUUCCACUUCAGAUGAUACUAGUAUUUCAUUUGACUUUAAGAAUGUUAAACAAUUUGAAGUUCCUCUCGUGGUAUUUGAGUAUAGGGAUAUUGUUCGUUUUAGAAACUUACCUAAUUUCAAUUUUUUUUCUAAUCAUUCUUAUGUAUUAUGGGAAGGUCAUGAUAUUGUGAAAUUAAAUAAUAAAUCUGUUGAAUUUGAACUUCAAUUAAGAAAAAAGGACGAACCACUUCCAGAUUCUUUCUUUAAUACCACUGUUACUGAUGAUUCAAAAUUUGAAUAUCCUGUUGAAAAGAAUGGAGUUUACUGUACUUAUUUACCACUUUAUAAAUAUGGUCCGAAUGCUUAUUUACCAAUCAAUUAUUAUGUUGAUAUUGAAGUAGUCAAUGAAACUUUCCCAAUUAAUAUUUUUAAUGAUAUAUCAUCACAUGUUACUUUAUCAAUUAUAUUUGCAGUUUCCCUUUUAUUUAUAAAUUUCUUUCAUCCUGCCAUAAGUCGUGGUCAAUUAACUUCACUUCCAAUUAUUACUAAAACGGUUGUGUAUAUUUUGAUUGUUAAUUUUAUCUAUAAUUCCAUUUUCUUUAUUUUGGAAAUCUUAUGUGCUUAUUAUCCAUCUGAUGCUCUUUACCAUUUCACGGAAAUUACUUAUGCUAAUUUGCAAAGAGGAUUGGUGGAUAAGUUGCAGGUCUAUAUUUCUUCAUUAGUCUAUCUUGGAUACGGAUUUUCUAAUUUACCUGUUAAAGUUUACCUUGCACCCGUUAAUCUACUUUUCUUUAUCCAUGUUGCAACAUCGCUUUUUGGAGAUUUUGUUGUUGGUAACAUUUCAUCAUUGCAAGAUAUAUUAUUCCUUCAAAGACCUUUUACAGUUCUUUAUAAUACUAUAUUGGUGUCUCCAGUAUACAGAGCUGCUGUUCUCAAUCAUAAAUCCGCCAAUGAAAAGACUUUAUUAUAUUUUUCAUCUAUUGGACAGGUUGGAUCUGAAAUUUUACUCUUUUUGGUUUCUUUGAUUUUCGCCAUUGUAAUUUGGUUUAAGAUUAGAAAAGAACAUCCGAAAUCUGCCAGAAGAUUAUUGACUUCUCUUUUGGUUCAUUACUUUGGAUAUAAAUUAAUCAUUAAGCAGCUUUUGGUUAUUGCAAUUAAAAUUUCAUUUGCUGGGUUUUUCGAUGUUGGAGAAGGGUUAAGAGUGUUUGGUAAUUUAAUUGAAGCAAGACUACUGAAAUUAGUUUUAAUUAAUUUAGUAGAACUCUUUAUUAUUUGGCUCUUCUGGGGUACAAAUAAUCCAAUUGAUGUCAGAAUUGGAACUGAUAUAUCUGAAAAGAAAGCUGCUGGUGUUAAAAAGACAGUUGAAGAAGUCAAGAAACAAGUCAAAGAUAAGGGUACAGAAAAAAUCAAUGCUGAAGAAGAUACUGAAUCUAAGAAGACCAGAUGAAUAUAACUUCAUUACCUUAUGUUUGUAAUAGUAUAUACAUAAAUUGCUCUAUUAAUUUUAUCAUAUAACGUUUAAAAAAAAUGACAAUUGAG